CUCAGAAGAGCAGAAACACGAUAGAGAGUGAAUUCAUAGAGCUCCGGUUUUCCGCACAAAACCGAUGAGCAAUAAAUAAGAGUGGCUGUUUUAUCCUGGAGGCGACCGGCUGAUAGUCUGCUGUGUGAAUAACGAGGCAGUGCCGCGAACGUCUUAAAGAGUCCGCGACUCAGCCAGAUCGGUAACCCUAUUUUUCUGUUCGGUUUCUAACAAUUUUAAGACGUUUGUUACUGUCAAAUCGACCGAACAGAUUAUCGCAUCUGGCUUGGCAAAUCUCGCCCUAGCAUGCUCGCCGUUGAGCUCGUGAUCCCUUUUGCAAAUCUCGGUCUGGGAGCUUGUAAUCGACAAUUCUGUCUCGGAAAAAUUAAUUGCACCUUUACCAUUGAUUGUUCCUGUUAAUUUGUUUUUUAGUUUGAGAUUCCUUGAAACAGGAAUUAACGGAAGCACUGAAAGGAAGCCAUUGGAAUUUUGAAUACGUGGAGGGACAAGGUUUAAUUACCUGGACAAGGUUAAUUAGGAAGGUGGCUCCCUUUUAUUUAGUUCCAUUCGGGGCCAACUCUUGGAGCAGGCAACUGGCAAUGGUAAUCAUGGUUUUACUACGUGGACCGUGAAGGAGGCAUGAUUAAUCAAUGCGAUUUUGGAAGGGAAUUUUCAAUUUUGUUCUCUGGAAAGACUUCGCCAGGCCAAACAGAAUGAGGCCGAGGGCAAGGAUGAAAGAGAUCCGCCCUGUGAUAGAUAGUUAGCAGAACAGGAACUUGACUAGGGGUAUGCGGUGAUAUUUAAUUAUCCCAGAAGAACCCAACGAUGGCACAUUGCGACCUCGUGGCUUAAUCACUCAGGAACAAAAGCAUGACGCAGAACAAGGAAGCUAUGCUUGUUGAUAGCUAUCGGUCGCAAAAUCAGCUUGCAAUGACUCCUUGAAAAUAGGUAUGAACCGAAAUGAUCCUCGUGAUUCAUUAAUGAAUGAUAAAUUAGAUUCUAUUUCAUUAAGCUCUAUGCAUGGUAUUGAGAACCAUAUGAAUGUGAGAAAGUAAAAAUAGAAUUGAUGCAUGUAUAUGUCGACAUUGAGGUGUAUUACCUCGAUGAUUAGAGUAUAAAUUGAAUACAUGUGAUGGAGUAGAAUGAUUUUGUUUAAAUGCAUGCAUAUAUGUGAAGAAUAUAUGAUAAUAGAAUGGGUUUAUUGCCCUUAAUAACGAUAUUAUAAGAAGUAUUAUUAUCAGUACUACACGAACCAUUUAGAUUGCUGUGAAACAUUAAAGUUUCAAGAAUGAGAGCAGCAAGCUGAACCAGAUCCACAUCAAUUAGAAUGGUACCUAUCGUGGUAACCAUAAGAUUGUCACCCAAUCCUCUAAAGAAAAGUGAAACCUAUUGGUUUAGUUUAUGAGUAUAAGGAUCGCCUAAUAGCUAAGGCUUUAAGCGAAAAGGAAAAAUUGUUAAUUUUCUUGUUAUCUAUUCACCAUAUGUAGAAUAACAUCCAUGUAUGUUCUGAUUGCUAGUGUUGUGCGUCAGAUGGAUUGUUAAACAUGUUUCUGUGAAUGGUGAUUUAGAUAGGAAAAUCUGCAUGGGACAACCUAUAGGGUUGUUAUUCUUGAACAUGCUUAGGGAGUCUAUAGUUAGGCAAAUCAUUGUAAGAUUUGAAAUGGACUCUAAGACAAUGGCAUGAAUAAACUGGUUCUCUCUCAUGGUUUUAAAAGUGAAAGCGACAAGUGCAUUUAGUACAACUUUGAGAAUGACACUUGCAUUAUGAAUGACACUUCGGUCUUUGGUACAAAGACUCGUGAUGUCAAUAUUAUGAAAAACCAUGUUGUUUGAGAAUUAUGAAGGUAAAAAGAUCUGGAUGAAGCAAGUGUUAUGCUCGGAGAUCCAGAUUACUAGGACAAUGAAAGAGAUUUCAUCUAGGUCAGUUUAACUACACAGUUAGAUCUAGAGGAAAUACGAGUUCUACACCUUCAUAAAUGUUUGAUGGUGCUAGUGUAAUUUUUAAGAGCACCAAAGACGAUGUAAGAAAGUAAGAACAUACUAGCAUCGACAGUAUGCGAGAGGCAGCUGAUAAACAUGAGACCCGACAUAGUGGGGGUACUUGGCAGGCUUACUGAUUGUCCUAGUAUGAAGCAUUGAAAUGCUAUUGAAAGGGGUCAUGAGACACCAUAAAAGAACAGAAAAAACCUUGGUAUUUGUUAUCAAUGGUUUUGCUGUAUUGGUAGGGUAUAGUGAUGCGGAUUAGAAUACCCUAUAGAGGACUUCAAGACAACAAGAGGCUGUGUUUUAAACAUCGAUAGAGAAGCUAUGUCUUGGAAGUCUAAGAAGUAAACGAUCCUGGCUCAAUCAACUAAGAAAUCAAAAAUGAUAGAACUAGCAAUGGCUAGUAAAGAGGAAAGUUGAUUGAGAGGGUCACUACUAGAGAUUCCCUUAUGGGAAAGACCGAUCCCUCCGGUAGUUGAUUCAUUGUGAUAGCACCGCAGCUAUUACUAAAGAAGGGAACCGGUUCUAGAAUGAAAAAGACGACAAAUUCGUCGUAUGCACAGUACUGUAAGAGAAUUCCUAACGAUAGGAGCAAUGAGGGUGGAUCAUGUGAGAUCCUAACAGAAUCUAGCUAAUCCUUUGACGAAAGGAUUAUCUAGAGAGAAAGUCCAAAGUACUGCCAAGGGUAUGAGACUUAUGCCUACCGAACCACGGACUACAAGUGAUGGUAACCCGACCCAAUAGACUGGAGAUCUCAAGAAAUGGGUUCAAUGGGUAAUAACAAGUCAUGAGUAGUAUGCGAAAAGUUCAUGCAUAGCGAAGCAUGAAUCCCAAAGCCUUAGAGGUUGAGUUAAACUCUUAAUGAGAUCUAUACUCUAUGUGGAGUGAAGUACUUUACUUUGGGGGUACUUUUGAUAGACUCACCUGUGUGAAUGUGGGAGUGGGGCCGCUCCCUAUGGAACUUUGGAGGCACAAAGUUGCUAGAGCGUUCACUAAACCGGGAUAACGUGCAUGGCCAUUAACGCACGGCCUAUGAGAGAAUAUCACUCAAUGAAAAGAUCUGGUGUGCUACAUUGUCUGAGAUAGGGUUCAAGACUACGAGUCACCCUUAUGAAAUCGGAAGUGUAACCACUACGCUAAGGUUCAAAUCUUCGCGAUACCUUAGCUUAUGCCCGAUCUUAUGGAACUGUUGAUGCUCAGAGAUAGUUUCAAACUAUUCAAGUGGGGGAUUGUUGGGAUGAAUAGUUUUGAAAAACUAUAAAUGAAAUUCCUAAUUAAUUAUCCAGUAUUUUCCCAUAAUACAUAAAUAAGAUGGAUAAUUAAUAAAAGGAAUAUUAUGGAGAUAAUUAGGAAUAAUUAUCUUAAUAGAUUAUAUUUUAAUUAUGGGAGUAAUUAUCUCCCUAAUUAAAAUAUGACUUAUUCCCAAAGAAAGAGGGAAUAUUCUGGGUUUUCUGCUCCUAUAAAUAGGAGACGCCCCAGACCCUCUAAACACACCUCAGAAGAGCAGAAACACGAUAGAGAGUGAAUUCAUAGAGCUCCGGUUUUCCGCACAAAACCGAUGAGCAAUAAAUAAGAGUGGCUGUUUUAUCCUGGAGGCGACCGGCUGAUAGUCUGCUGUGUGAAUAACGAGGUAGUGCCGCGAACGUCUUAAAGAGUCCGCGACUCAGCCAGAUCGGUAACCCUAUUUUUCUGUUCGGUUUCUAACAGCUGAUCAAAUUGAUCUUCUUCGCCUCAAUCUGAAUCCCGUCGCCACAUGAUAUCAUCAUCGCUGCGAUGGUCGAGCUCGCGGUAGUGAUUAUGGGGGAGCGGCGGCAACAACGCUGAGGACGACGUUGAUACCGACUGGAGGGAUAACGAAUCUGCGUGGACGAUGGUGUUGGCGCGUGGUAGUGACCUCAAUAGAAUCCAUUAUUCCCGCAUCUCUCUGGGGGUUUGUCCGGCGGCACGAGAAGCACUCAUCUUCCUCACCGCACCCUCUUUCCGAUGGAUUGUCGGCCCCCUUUCGCACCUCGCUCCGACCAAAUAAGAAGGUAUGCACAAUUUUUUUUGGAGAGACACUGUCAUGAGAGAGAAAACAGUUCUAUUUUAUUUCACCAAAAAGUAAAGUUACAAUAUUCUGUUUACAUAUCUAUAUGGGUUCUAUUAAACUAUAUUACAGUACCUGAAUUAAACAAAUAUUACAAUUUGUAUCUAUAACUACUCUAUACACUAACACCUUCCCUCAAGCUGGAGCAUGUAUGCGCAGAGUGCCCAGCUUGGAAACAAGACAUGAAAACACAGCAGUAGGCAGAGAUUUUGUAAACAAAUCAACAACUUGGUUAGAAGUGGAAACAUGCAGUAAUUUAAUCAAACCAGAAGCAAUCUUAUCCCGUGUUAAGUGACAAUCCAACUCAAUAUGUUUAGUCCGCUCAUGAGCAACUGGAUUCUCAGAUAUUUUAAUGGCAGAUUGGCUAUCGGAAAACAUUGCAGUAGGCUUAGUAAACAAAAGUUCAAAAUAUGCAAAAAGAUAAUUAAGCCACUGAAUUUCGCAUGUAAGAUCAGCCAUGGCUCGAUACUCAGCCUCGGUUGAUGAUCGAGAAAUGGUCUGUUGCUUCUUGGAAUGCCAUGAUAUCAAAGAACCACCCAAGAAGAUACAAAACCCAGUUGUUGAUCUUCUAGAAUCGGGACAGCCUGCCCAGUCACUGUCAGAAAACGCCUUAAGAGACAAGUCAGUGUGUGAUGGAAAAAAUAAACCAAGCCGAGGAGAACCUUUCAAGUAAUGUAAAACACGAUGAGCAGCUGCCAUAUGAAUGUCAGUUGGAGCACUCAUAAACUGUGUCAACUGGUGAACAGCAAAAGCAAUAUCAGGACGUGUAUUGCACAAGUACAAUAAACGCCCAACCAACCUUCUGUAUACAGAUGAAUCCUCUAAAAGGGUACCAGACUUAAUCGAAAGUCUAACUCCUGGAUUACAAGGAGUGGCCACAGGUUUGGCUCCAAGUAAACCAGAAUCAUUAACAAGUCAAGGACAUACUUACGUUGACAAAUAGAUAUCACUGUUUUAUUUCUAGCUAUUUCGAGACCUAGAAAGUAUUUAAGAUUGCCGAGAUCUUUGAUCUUAAAGGCAUCAUCUAACUUCUUUUCGAGGGACUCUAUUUCACUUAAGAAAUCACCAGCUAAUAUAAUAUCAUCAACAUAAACCAAAACAGCGAGUAACUGACCAUCUUGAUGUUUUGUAAACAAAGAAUAAUCUGCUUUUGAUUGAGUAUAUCCAGCUUGUAAAAGAAAUUUUGUUAACUUGUGAAUUGUCGACUGGCUUGUUUAAGGCCAUAAAGGGACUUAUUUAGUUUACAAACCAGAUUAGAAGUGUCACCAAAAAUUUUCAGACCCAAUGGAAGCUUCAUGUAAACAUUCUCAACUAAUUAAAUCUCCGUGAAGGAAAGCAUUAUUUACAUCUAGUUGAUGUAAAUGCCAGCCUUUUAUGGAAGCUAAAGCAAGUAAAGACCAGACAGUAGUUAACUUAGUUACUGGAGAAAAGGUAUCUAAGCAAUCUAUGCCUGGUGUUUGUGUAUAACCUUUGGCGACAAGUCGAGCUUUUUCUCGCUCGAUUGUUCCAUUGGAAUGAAAUUUUACCUUGUAAACCCAUUUGUUCCCAAUGGGUUUUACAUUUGGUGGCUUCGGUACAACUGCCAGAGGAAGAGGCGGUUGGAAAGACAAAGAAGUUGCCAUUGGAGAAGGCUUCGAGAAACAAAAAACCUAGGUUUGGAUAAUGAAAGCGAAAGAAACUAGUCAGAGAAACGUAUUUGCUCUGAUACCAUGUUAUGAGAGAGAAAACAAUUCUAUUUUAUUUCACCAAAGUAAAGUUACAAUAUUCUGUUUACAUAUUUAUAUCCGUUCUAUUAAACUAUAUUACAAUCCAGUACCUGAAUUAAACAAAUAUUACAAUUUGUAUCUAUAACUACUCCAUACACUAACAAACACAAUUCCUGCUUCAGUUGGUGGUUUCAAUUCAGUGUAUCCUCGAUUCAAAUUGGAACCUUUCCGGCAAGUUCACCGCAGAGGACUCUUCCUUCACAGAGGGAGCACUUCUACUAUGCUAUAUAGUAUUGGUGCUUUAAUGUACAACUUAAAGUUGUACCAUAACAUUAAAUGUAUAAGUUUAGGUUGUACCAUAAAGCAAUUUGUAUCAUUAUGUUAUGGUACAACUUUACAACUUGAAGUUGUACCAUCACAUAAAAGUACAAGUUCAAGUUGUACCAUAAAAGAAUUUGUACAAAAAGUAUAGGUACAAUAUGAAGUUGUACCAUAACGUAAAUGUACAAUUUUAAGUUGUACCAUAAAGGCAAAAUCUUAUAGCACCAAUACUAUAUAGCAUUGUAAAAUUUCUCUCACAGAGGAAGGAGAAAGAAAGAAAUAAAAGGAAACUGGAAUAAUUUUUUUUAUAUAUUAAUUUAUUAAUUAGCGAAACCAGACCUAAUUUAACCUUUCCAAACCAGACCUAACUAGGGAUGGCAAAAAUAUCCGUAACCGUGGAUAUCCGCCCGAAUCCGACCUUGUCGGGUGGGUAAAACCCGAACCCGAAUGACUUUUAGCGGGUACGGGUAAAACCCGAACCCGAAUAUUGCGGGUACUGGGUGGGCAUGGUUUUCUCACUAUCCAACCCGAACCCGCCCGAUAUACACAUGCAUAUGUAUUUUGUCUAGAAAUAAUCAUUAUUUUUCUCUAAUAUAUUUUAUAUUUAGCAUAUAAAUAUAAUUUUUUCAUGAAAUUGUGUUGUUUUAAUGCAUUUUCUUCAUCCAAGUGUAUUAUUGUCAUCCUUUUUGUCUUACGUAAUGUGAGAAUACAUAUGAAUAUUAAAUAUUGGUUGAAGUUAUAAAGAGAAAUUAUUACCCAUGGAUAACCGUGGAUACCCGUAACCCGAACGGGUAUGGGCAUGGUUUCGAUUUUCUACCCGUUUCUUAUGUGGGUAUGGGUAAAACCCGAACUACUUUGGGUAGAGUAACGGAUAUGCACUAUCCGCCCCCGACCCGACCCAUUGCCAUCCCUAGACCUAACUAAUCUGAACCGGGCAACUUUACUGUCGGCAACGGUGCAGUGCGGCACCAUAGAAUUCCCGAUAUAAUAAGAGACGAGAUUCAUUUUAAAUCCUAUUUCAACACUUGAGUAAUUUAGACAUUUAACCCCUGAGAUUGCAUUACAAGCUUUGACCUAAAGCCGAGUCAUCUUGUUCUUGAAUCAUCAUGACCCUCUUGAUCACAUCGUCAUCAGUUUUUCCAAAGGGGAUUAGCCGAAGAGAAUAUGAUAUCAGAUUCGUUCUAUAUAUCUCCGCAAACUAGUCAAGUUGUUGAAUAUGUUAUUGAGAUGAGAAGACAAUGUAUUUGAAAUUUGAUAUUGUGAUUGUAUAUUUGUAUGUGAUUCAUAUAUCAAUGGAAGAUUUGAGCUAUAUACAAAACAGUACGAUUUCAUUUGGUUCUUGGUUAAAUGACUGGUGAUGUAUAGAUACGUAGUGCCUGGGACAGCCUAGCGACUUGUUCACAUGUUUUCCCGUUCUUUAAUUGGUGGACGACGAGUAUUCAGGCAACGAGCCAUGUGCUUGCUCACCGCCGAAUAGUAAGUACUGUUAAAGACCCCAGUUUGGCACUUGUUCACAUGUUUUUUCUCGUUCGACCGACUAUGCAGGCAACGAAGUACGAACCAUGUGCUUUUCUAUUUUCUGUGUUGAUGUGACUUGAAUCGGACUAUCAGCCGUUACGACAAUCGUUUCCUUUGCCAGAUUAGAUUAGGUUUUAGACCCACAUGGAGAAAUACUAUAUAUAUACUUCUCAUACCACUCUUCUGUAAUCUGUAAUCUCCAGUGGCGGAUCCAGGGGGUGGCCACCCCGGGCCCCCGGCCCAGCCCUCCUCUGGAUCCGUAGUUAGUAUAGUCCUUAUGAAUUUUUCGAUUUUAGGCAUUCGGCUUAGUGUGAUUUUAUAAUAAAAUUGGGUAUAACUAGAAAAAUGAUUCAGAUGACCAUAUUCAAAUCACUACUCUAAAUUUAGCCUUUAAAUUUUAGCCCCAAAGAUUAUGCAUAUAAAAAAAACAAUGAAACUUAAAAUUCUAAAAGUUUAAAACGUAAAUGACUAAAAGAAAUAUGAGGUUUGUUCCCUUGAAAACUUACUAGAGCAGUUGGUGGAUGCAAGGAUUGAUACACAGUGCCAAUUGAUUAGUCUAGUGUUAAUGCUACUCGUUUCAAUAGCUACUACGAAGAGAACCUUUUCAACAAUGAAAUAUGUGAGAACUGGUUUGCUCAACAAAAUGAGUGAUGAAUUUCUUACCGAUUGCUCAAGUAUUUUAUUUGAAACAGUGUAUACUAUUGGUAUGGAUGUAGGCUCCAUUAUUGAUGCAUCACUAAAUUAAAAUACCGUCGUGUACAAUUUACAUUGAAAAAAACUAUAAUCAUUAUGUUUUUUUACUAUUCAAUUUUCUAAUGAAACUCGACCCAAUGCUCUUCUAUGUUCUGGAUCCGCCGCUGGUAAUCUCCUCAAGAUAGUGAAACUAGCUCUCUCUCGCCCGUGGACUAGCUAACACACAUCUUGCUAGUGAACCACGUAAAUCAAUCAUGUGUCUGUGUUUUUCGAUUCUCGCUUUCGUAUUCUUGCUUUAUCGAUCCCGGCGAUUUCCCGAUUUGUAGCGGCACGUUCUAUAACACUAUGCAAGUCGCGACGUGCUAUAUAUUUGGAAGACUCAUAGUAGUCAUGGAAAGCCUCAAUUAACAUGAUGGCGAGCUCUCAGGAGGAGUUGGUCGAAGCUCAGUCACAGAUAUGGAGGUGGGCGCUCAGCCACCUGGUCUCCUUGUCCAUCAAAUGCGCCAUCCAGCUCCGCAUCCCCGACGCCAUAAACCAACACGGCAAACCCGCCACCUCGCUCUCCCAGCUCGUCUCCGCCCUCCAAAUUCCACCAUCCAAAACCCACGCUUUCGGCUGCAUGAUGCGCGUCCUCAGCACGCGCUCCACCGGAUUCUUCUCCGUCCAACAACGACAACAAGAAGAAGAAGGAGAAGAAGAGAUGUGCUACUCGUUGACUCCGGCCUCCAGGCUGCUGCUUCGCAACGAGCAUCUCAACCAGGCGUCGCUGCCGCUUCUUCACUUCCAUCCGGCGAUGAGGGACUACUGCUCCGUCCUCGACACGUGGCUCCUCGAGGAAAACGACGAGGGGACAAAUAACGAUGAUAAUAUUAAUAAGCGCACGGCAUUCGAGGUGGUAAACGGGGCGUCGUUUUGGGACUAUCUGGCCGGGUCAUCGGGUCCGGCCCGGGAGCUGAAGGGGCUGUUCUACGACGCCAUGGUGAGCGACUCCAAACUGGUGGCUGAUGCUCUUGUUUCUUCUGCCGGCGGCGAGGGGUCGUUGCUGUUCCGGGGUGUGAGGUCGUUGGUGGACGUGGCAGGCGGUACCGGGAUUGUCGCGGCCGCCGUGGCGGAAGCGUAUCCUGAGAUGAAGUGCGUCGUUUUGGAUCUGCCACACGUGGUGGAGGGAUUGUCUGCGCGACCCCACCCUGGUAAUCUGGAGUUUAUGGGAGGAGAUAUGUUAGAGAGCGUCCCCUCAGCUGAUGCUAUCUUGCUUAAGUGGAUUUUACACAACUGGGAUGAUGAGUCAUGUGUGAAGAUAUUGAAGUGUUGUAAAGCGGCGGUGUCCGGCGACGAGGGAAAGAAAGGGAAGGUGAUAGUAAUAGACAUGGUGAUGUCGGAAGUUGGGGUUGAAGACGAUUUGUCUCGUGAAAUCCAGCUCUGCUUCGAUCUGAUGAUGGCGACAUUGUACAAUGCCAAGGAACGAAAUGAAAUGGAAUGGAAGGGAUUAUUUGAUGCGGCUGGUUUUAGUGACUACAAGAUCAUUCGUCAGAUUGGCCCAAGAUCCAUCAUUGAAGCUUAUCCUUGACUACCUGUAUCGUGUCGUCAAUUAAAAUUUGGUUUACUUUGGCAUUGUGUUUAGUUUGGUUGUGAUAAUAACGUUAAGGAUGGUAUUUAAUUUUAAUUAGUGCUUUCUGGUGGAUUCAGUGUUCUUAUGUACCACGUAAGCACGUACGCGUUUUGUGUAUAACAGAAGCAUGAAUUGGCAUAUGCCUUCGAUGAAGGUAGGCCAAAUUCGGAUAUGGAAUAAAUAAAGAAUUGGGUGAUGGAGAGGGGUUAUGGUGAUUAUUACUUGGGGUUAUGGUAGUAAUUACUAUGGAUACUAGGGGUAAAUUGGGUAUGAAAAAAAAUUAUAUUAAUUAAUUUUUUUAAUACAUUACAUUUUAAACA